GGCCGCCGCUCAGGGCGGCUUAUCCCGGCCCGGCGCGCACUCAGCGGCCGGCGCUAGCAUGGCCGGGAGCUGGCGGGCGAAGGCGCAGGCGGGGGGGAUGCUGCUGGCCCUGCUCGGGUGGGUCUCCUCCUGUGUCACCACCUUUGUGCCGCUCUGGAAGAGCCUCAACCUGGACCUGAACGAGCUGGAGGUGUGGACCAUGGGGCUCUGGCAGGUCUGCAUCGCCCGCGAGGAGGGGGUGGUCGAGUGCCGGGCCCACGGCUCCUUCCUGGCGCUGCCCCCCGAGCUGCGUGUCUCCCGCCUCCUGAUGUGCCUCUCCAACGGGCUGGGGCUGCUGGGGGCCCUCCUGGCGGCGCCGGGGCUGGAGGGCUGGACCCCCUGCGAGGACAAGCCCGGGCUAAAGCGGCGGCUCCUGCUCGCCGGGGGAGCGGCGUUCGGCACAGCCGGGAUGGCCACCUUGGCGCCGGUGUCCUGGGUCGCCUACAACACCGUCCUCGACUUCUGGGACAACACCGUCCCCGACAUCGUCCCCCGCUGGGAGUUCGGGGAGGCCACGUUCCUGGGCUGGUUUGCCGGAGCCUUCCUCGCCGCCGGCGGGCUGCUCCUCGCCUGCAGCGCCCGCGCCACGAGGGCCCCGACGCCGCCGGUCCCCGCCUGCCGGCAGCCCCCCGCCAGGGGCCACCACCCGCUGCCCAAACCCGCGGACCUGGUCAUCUAGGGGCUCCGGCUCGCUUUAGAGGUGACCUGCUGAUUGCUGCGGCAGGGUUUUCCCUCCCUCUGCGCGCCUACUUCACGUUUCCUUUCCAAAGAAACAAGGGCUUUAGGCAGGCAGCAAGGCAGAGGCAGAACAGCAGCAGUGACACCGGAGCAGAGUGACUUGUGGCUGAGGCAGCAGUAGCAUCCCUUGUGAGUCCUCCAUCGCCAAAUCCAUUGUGGUCAAUGGCUAUGCUCUGGAGUAGCAGCUCACUCCGUGCGUGUCCGUACCACAGUGAUGUACCUGCAAUAAAUUAUCACAGUUGCCA